AUGGCUCCCUAUCCUUCUCAGCAACGGGCGCAUACCACCUCGGCUCCCUUUGUGAAUCAUGCCUUGCCUGCUAACGCCAACUUCGAUACCGCCAACCCUGCAUACAUCCGCAAGUACCUCCGCACCUACGGCCUCACGCCUCCUCGCACCGAGAGCUACGAGACGCAAAGGACCCGAUGCCUGGCACAGCUGGGUCUGAAGAGCACACCUAUCGAAAAAUUCCUAUACCUUAGCACUUUGCGCAAGAACAAUGUGCACCUGUUUUACCGUCUGGUGACAGACCAUCUCAGGGAAAUGACCCCCCUGAUCUAUACCCCAGUGGUGGGCGAGGCCUGCCAACGGUGGUCCGAGAUUUACCAACAGCCCGAAGGUAUGUACCUGAGCUGGGAAGAUCGCGGGAAUCUGGCUUCGGUCAUCGCCAAUUGGCCUGAACCUAGCGUCGAGAUCACAUGUAUCACGGAUGGCUCCCGCAUCCUCGGACUGGGUGAUCUGGGCAUCAACGGCAUGGGUAUCCCCAUCGGCAAGUUGGCGCUUUACACCGCCUGUGCGGGUAUUCGUCCCGAGGUCACCCUGCCUCUGACUCUCGAUCUGGGCACUGGUAACAAGACCCUCCGGGAAGACCCGCUGUACAUGGGGAGCCGCCGCGAGAAGAUCUCACCCGAGGAGGAGCGGGAGUUCUUGGACGAGCUGAUGGCUGCUCUUACCGAGCGCUGGCCCGGUAUCGUCAUCCAAUUCGAGGAUUUCAAGAACCCCUUCCCUGCUCUUCGGCGGUACCGUGACAUGUACACCUGUUUCAAUGAUGACAUACAGGGUACUGGCGCUGUCAUCCUUGGCGGUAUCAUCAACGCUGUCAAGCGCUCCGGUCUGCCCUGCAAGGACCACCGUGCCGUGUUCUUCGGCGCUGGCAGUGCCGGUGUCGGCGUCGCCCGCCAGAUCGUCGAGUUCUUCAUGCGCGAAGGCAUGACUGAGGACGAAGCCCGCAACUGCUUCUACCUUGUCGACACCAAGGGUCUUGUCACCGCUGACCGCGGUGACAAGCUCGCCGACCACAAGGUCUACUUUGCCCGCGGUGACAACAACGGCGAGCAGUACAAGACUCUUGAAGAGGUCAUCGACUACGUCAAGCCCUCCAUCCUGAUGGGUCUCUCCACCAUGGGCGGCGUCUUCACCCCGGAGAUCCUGCGCAAGAUGGCUGACUGGAACACCGCCCCUCUCAUCUUCCCCCUCUCCAACCCUUCCUCUCAGUCCGAGUGUGACUUUGAGACUGCCAUCGCCAACACCGACGGCCGCUGCCUCUUCGCCUCCGGCUCCCCCUUCCCCAACUACACUUUCACCAACUCCGCCGGCGAGACCCGCACCUACUACCCCGGCCAGGGCAACAACAUGUACGUGUUCCCUGGUAUCGGCCUAGGCAGCAUCUUGUCCAAGGCCGUCCGCGUCACAGACAGUAUGAUCUACGCCUCUGGCGAGGCCCUCUCCGCUGCCCUCACCGGCGAGGAGCUCGAGCGCGGCCUGCUCUACCCCGAUAUCACCCGCAUCCGCGAGGUCAGUGUCGUCGUCACCCGCAAGGUGAUGCGCGCUGCCCAGGAGGACAAGGUGGACCGCGAGAUUGCGCUGCGCUCUAUGGGCGACGCCGAGCUGGACAACUGGAUCAAGGCCCGCAUGUAUGACCCUCACACAGAGGUCCGUGCUCUGGAGAGCGAGGUCGGCCACCUCCUCUCUAAUCUAGGAACGAUCUCGCCACCCAUCACGGCGACUGGCUCCCCAACUGAGGAGAAGAAUGCCAAGUUGUAA